AUGGAUACGGCGGGUGUUGUUCGACGAGUUGUUAAUAAACCGCGAGAUAUUAUUACGCGAAAUCCAGCAAUUAAUCCUGAUACAUUGUUGGAUGUACCAGAAUUCAAUUUUACGUACAACGAUGCUGAUACAAUAUAUGCCGAGAUAUCUGAAUUAUAUACUUAUUCGGAAGAGCCUGAAUUUGUUUGGAAUGCUGAAGCAUUUAAUGUUCUAUUUCAAGCAAAAUACGGUGGAACUAAAAAGUGGAAAGAAUAUUCACGAGAUGAAAAAAUCGAUUUUAUCAUUUAUUUAUUGGAACAAUGUGAACUCGUUGACCGAAAUCGACGAUUACAAGCAAUGAGAGCCAUUCUAUAUCUUAUACAAGGUGUGUUUUAUCAAUGCUCGGACGUCGAUGAAUAUAUGGUCAACGCGAAAGAAAACGUUCUCUUAUUUUAUAUGUGUGAUGGUGUGCAUAUAUUCACUGAUUUAUUCAACAUGGAAUUGAAUUUUCUUUGCAAUGAAAAUAAUCAGCGAACAACGAGCAAGAAUCUAAGUGACAAUCAGGAUAUGAGAGUGAUCAUCAGUAUAUUAUAUACCGUUAUUGAAUUUGCUCGACAAAUCACUGACGACACAGAUGAACAAUGGACAAACUUUCAAAAGCGACUCUACCAAGAACUAUCUCAUCCGAACGACAAUGAUGAAUUAUUUGCCAGUACAUUAUAUCAUGCUAUUUGUGUCUUCUGUAAUGCUCCAUCGCCACCAUUACCUAUAAGGAAACUUCUUUUACUUCUUUGGAAAGUUCUUCUAUAUACUCUUGGCACUCUGGAUGAUGCGUUCGAAAAGAAAAACAAAGCUCGACGAGAGCAUGGUCUAGAGCCCAUAAAUGAAAAUCCAGCAAUAGUUAUUGCCAAAAUGCCUCCAGUUCUACCUCCAUUAGCAGGUGCUGAAUGUUUAGAAAUGCAAGGUCCCACCGAAGGUGGAAGCAGUGCUCGACGAGCUAAACGACAAAGCUUUACAAAACAGUCAGCGUUAGAUACCGAAGCAGCGAAUGAGGAAGGAUCAAAUAACGGAAAUACUAGUGCAACUAGUUCGUCAACGGAUGACGACACAUCCACGCUGAUUUCGUCAUCAUCGGGAUCGUUACUCACUCCGUCCGAAUCAACAACAUCGUUGGCUAGUGAGGCAUCUAGUAUCGAUCCGGCGACAACUUUAAUGAUGAAAGAAUUACCUUGGGUACCGAAAGUUAGACAAAAAGAUUUAGAAGCAUUUCUUGAACAUACACGAAAGAAGUUCGUGGGCUUUUGUAUGAAAGAUGAUCUAACAACAUUGAUCGGUUUACCUAAACCUAUACAUGAAAGUAUCAAAAUCCUCAAACAACAUUUGUAUGUACCAUUGUCUGAAGUGCAGAUCAAAAUUGAAGACGAAAUUGCCAAAUAUCCACUUUCCAAGAAAGAAACUAAUAUACCAGAUACUGCUGCUGAACGAUUAUAUCGAGCUACUCUUACUCAGAUUCCCCAAUUUCUUAUCGCGCUAUUAAAGCUUCUUCUAACAUCGACACCAACGGCUAAGCCUAAAACAGAAUCGAUUAAUAUCCUUUGCGAUGUUAUACCGGAAGAGAUGCCAUGUUCGAUGGUACAAACGAUGAAACUUGGUUUUGACAUAAAUCGACAUAAAGAAAUGAUUGUCAAGGCUGUUUCAGCGAUUUUAUUGCUACUUUUAAAACAUUUAAAAGUCAAUCAUAUCUAUCAGUUCGAAUACAUCUGUCAAAAUCUUGUCUUUUCAAAUUGUAUCACAGUCAUCUUGAAAUUUUUCAAUCAUAACAUUCUUUCACACAUUCAAGCAAAAAAUACAAUACCACCUCUGGACUUUCCAACAUGUGUUAUUGGCCCUCAGCCAGAACUAACAGCGGAUCUAUUUGAUACACCAGAGACAGAUAAUUACUGUUGGCGAAAUAUGUUCUCAUCGAUUAAUCUGCUUCGAAUUUUGAAUAAAUUAACCAAAGGCAAACAUGCGAGAACAAUGGUUCUUGUUGCUGUCAAAUCUGCUCCAAUUCUUCGUAAGACACUACGUGUUAAGCAAGCGAUGAUGCAAUUGUAUGCACUGAAAUUAUUGAAACUACAAACACGUUAUCUUGGUCGACAAUGGAGAAAAUCGAAUAUGAUGGCGAUUUCUGCUAUCUAUCAACGUGUUCGACAUCGUCUCAACGACGACUGGGCAUAUGGAAAUGAGCAAGAAACUCAAACGUGGGAUUUUCAAACAGAAGAACGAGCUUUGCGAAAUAAAAUCGAUAUCUUCAAUCAACGACGUUAUCAUCGAUUAUCUUCGCCCAAUCCAAAUAAUAACAAUACAAAUAAUCCAGCCAAUGCGAGUACACAAAACGCAUCAGCAAAUGAAUUCGAUUUCGAUAGUUUCACUCCUGUUAAUAAUGAUUUAUUAACGGCACUUUCAUCCAAUCAGGCAUUAGGUGAUCAAGAUCUUCCCGAAGCGUUCAAACGACAUUAUGAAGAAUGGCUCAAUGACGAAGUAUUCAAUGUUGAACAACAAACUGAUUGGGAUGCUCUACUCCAACCCAAAUCAAUUGUCAUUUAUUAG